CUUGUUUUUCAGAACAGGAACACACACUUGUCUUGAAAGGCACACCAACACCAUGAGCUUAAUUUCACUGCAGAUACUCCCAGAAUAUUUCAACUGAAACACAAGGAACUGGAAUGUUCCUCUCAAGACGCUGCUUCACUCACUUGUCCAUCCAUAAGCAGGAGACCAUGAGAGAUGCUCCUGAACUUCCAAGAUCUUUGCCUCGGCAGAUUCCUCAUUUUCUACAAGACGUCGUCUUCCAUGGAAAAUUUGACCUACUGAAGGCUUUAACGCCAAUGGAAAACAGCCAUGGUCUGUGUGGCCUCUACUUUCAAGAUGGACUGCGGCAUGUGGAUUAUGUCCUUACCUACGCUGUGAAAAAGUCCUCUGGGGGACGUUCCAUUCGACAGACAACACAUUUGUUCACUGAAAAUGUUGUUGCUCGCAGCCUGCGACGUAGCCAUCAUCCUCAGAAACCUGUUGAAAAAAACUCAUUACCUUCAUCAAUGCCAGCACUCUCCCGUGCGGAGGUACACUGCCCAGGAGAGACCUUCAGUGCCCAGGAGGACCAGAAGGCUAUCAGGAGGGAAGAGUUUGAGGGCAAACUCAGAGAUAUGGGCCUUCAGCUAGAGAUUGACGAGGAUACUAAAAUUCCAGGAGUGGGCUUUGUCAAAAUUCAUGCUCCGUGGAAUGUUCUCUGUCGGGAAGCAGAGUUCAUGAAGCUAAAGAUGCCCACCAAAAGGGUAUAUGAAGUUAAGAAGUCAAGCGGCGUUAUAGAAAAGAUCAGCUUACUCGUCAGUAAAGUUGGUGAGCCUCUUCAUCCUCAUGUUGAUGGAACCCAACCAAAGAACAUCAAACACCUGUCACACACGUUCUCCAGAGAGAAGCAGCACCUGUUUGACGUUUCAGACAAGGAUUCCUUUUUUGACAGUAAAACCAGGAGUUCAAUAGUAUUUGAAAUACUAAAAAGGACUAAAUGCAAGGCCAAGUACAAUAUGGGUGUGACGAGUCUCCUCUGUAGUGGUGUGUACACAGCUGCUUACCCGCUUCAUGAUGGAGAUGUUGACGAAGAUAGUGCAGAGCCUAACGACAGAAAAGUAAGAAACAUUUUUACACUUUUGUAUGAGGAGUGGGCAAAUUAUGGCGUCUUCUACAAGUACCAGCCCAUCGGACUUGUACGGAAGUACUUUGGUGAGAAGAUUGGACUGUACUUUGCCUGGCUGGGACUGUAUACUCAGAUGCUGAUUCCUGCUUCCAUGGUGGGAGUCAUUGUGUUCCUGUAUGGCUAUGCAACAGUGGACGACAAUACACCAAGCAUGGAGAUCUGCAACCCAGAGAAGAACAUCACUAUGUGCCCGAUGUGUGAUAAAGUCUGCAGCUACUGGAAACUUAGUUCAGCUUGUGGAACUGCAAGAGCCAGUCACUUGUUUGACAACCCAGCUACAGUUUUCUUUUCUAUAUUCAUGGCUCUUUGGGCUGCUAUGUUCAUGGAACAUUGGAAGAGGAGACAAAUGAGAUUGAAUUAUGAAUGGGACCUGACCGGGUUCGAAGACGAGGAGGAAGCACUCAAGGACCAUCCAAGAGCUGAAUAUGAAUUCCAAGUCAUGCAGAAGUCUCUGAGCAGACAUCACAAAACACAAUACAAGAUGGAAAAACUUACAUGUCAAGAUCGCCUCCCUGCCUACAUGACAAAUCUGGUCACGAUGUUGUUAAUGAUCGGUGUUACAUUUGCCAUUGUGUUUGGUGUCAUUCUCUACCGGAUCUCCACAAAAGCUGCUCUACAUAUGAGCUCCAAUCCAAUCACACGAAACCAUGUACAACUUACAGUCAAAACCACAGCAGCCAUUAUCAACCUUGUGGUCAUCCUCAUACUGGACGAGGUGUAUGGUGCUGUAGCCCGAUGGCUCACUGUUUUAGAGGUUCCAAAAACGGACAAGAAUUUUGAGGAGAGACUAAUCUUUAAAACAUUCAUUCUGAAGUUUGUUAAUGCUUUCACACCAAUCAUCUACAUUGCUUUCUUCAGGGGAAGACUGGUUGGCCGACCAGGCAACUACUUGUAUGUGUUUGAAUCCUACCGAAUGGAAGAGUGUACUCAUGGAGGCUGCCUAAUGGAGUUGUGUAUCCAGUUGAGUAUUACCAUGCUGGGAAAGCAGUUAAUUCAAAACAACCUUUUUGAGAUCGGAAUACCCAAGCUAAAGAAGUUUGUUCGCUACAUCCAGUCAAAGCAAGGAACUUCCCAAGAGGAAGAACGACAGAAGAAAUUGAAGAGAUAUGAAGCUGACCACUUUCUGGAGCCAUUUGCAGGGCUAACACCGGAAUAUAUGGAAAUGAUCAUUCAGUUUGGUUUUGUCACAUUAUUUGUGGCAUCCUUCCCCUUGGCUCCAUUAUUUGCUUUGCUCAACAACAUCAUUGAAAUACGACUUGAUGCCAAGAAGUUUGUGACCGAGUUGCGGAGGCCAGUGACAGCAAGAGCGAAAGAUAUAGGUAUAUGGUACAACAUCCUAAGAGGGGUUGCCAAAGUGGCUGUCAUUAUCAAUGCCUUUGUCAUCUCCUUCACCUCAGACUUCAUCCCCCGGAUGGUCUACCAGUACAUGUACAGCCCUGACGGCACCAUGCAUGGAUUUGUCAAUCAUACUCUCUCAUAUUUUAAUGUCAGCCACUUCCAGGAUGGGAAAGAGCCCAUGGAUAAAAUGCAACUUGGCUUUGCAGUUGAGAUAUGCAGGUACAAGGACUACAGAGAACCACCUUGGUCAUCAUCGCCAUAUGAGAUUUCAAAGGAAUUUUGGGUGGUACUGGCUAUUCGGCUUUCUUUUGUGAUUAUUUUCCAGAAUGUUGUUAUGCUGAUGAACGACCUUGUGGACUGGCUCAUCCCAGACAUCCCCAAAGACAUCAGCCUGCAGAUCCACAAGGAGAAGAUUUUAUUGGUGGAGCUCUUCAUGAAGGAAGAGCAGGUGAAGAGCAUUAGCUUGGAGAACACGGCCUCGACAGGGAACAAAGUAUAUUCAACUGAAUAUGGGUCAUACUUGCCAACCCUACCGGAUUAUCCGGGAGACUCCCGAAAUUCAGCGCCUCUCCCGAAAACCUCCCAGGACAAAUUUUCUCCCGAAAUUCAGGCGUGGCCUCCAGCUCCAUGCGGACCUGAGUGAGGACAGUCUGUUUUCACGUCCGCUUUCCCACAUUAUAAACAGUAUGUCUGCCCAAUGACUUUAUACUCUAACUGUAGAAUGAUCGAGGGCGAGUUCUUGGUUUCUUAUGUGGGUUUAUUGUUAGGCAGUUUCAUUAACGUCCUCCCAGCCCGGUAAUAACACACAACAACAGCAAUCACGUUUACGUCUACCGUAAGGCAGUUUGUCUGCCGUAAACAGCAUGUGACACUCUUAAACAAGACAAUACUGCCAUCUACUGUACAUGCACCACAACACAUCCUCCUCCAAUUCAUAUCCCAUCUCCCCGGAUGGUAAUUAACCUAAUGUAAAUAAUUGAAUGUAUUUCUAAUGUAUUUACUUGUUUUUAUGCCAUGUGAACUCACUAUGUUCUCUGCUGGCUGUACAUAAUGUCCAUUUCUCUGUUGAUGCAAUUGUUGAUGACCAAAGCUCCUCAUCCCACCCCCCGGAUUGUAAAUAAUUCAAUGUAUAUACUAUGAUGAUUAACUUGUGUGAUGACUGUAUUAUGCUGAUAGUAUAUAUAUGUACCAUGAAUUGAUUAACGUGGACCCCGACUUAAACAAGUUGAAAAACUUUUUGCGGUGUAACCAUUUAGUGGUCAAUUGUACGGAAUAUGUACUGUACUGUGCAGUCUACUAAUACACAUUUUAAUCAAUCAUUCAAACAUGCAUAUAACAUCUACGGCUUUGAGAAAGUGCAGUGCACAACUACGCACACAAUAUGUGUAAAUAUACUCCUCCGCUCUCAACCACGCUCCCAAGACCGACCACGCCCCCCACAUCCCGAAAUCGGAGGUCUCAAGGUUGGCAAGUAUGAUAUGGGUUGAAAAUGAUUUGCAAAUCAUUGCAUUCCGUUUAUAUUUACUUCUAAUACAAUUUCCUAACUCAUAUGGAAACAGGGUUUGUACAAAAAGGGUUAGUUAGGGGUUAAUUUACAAGGUUCACUAUGCACAUAUUUAGAAUAGGAUGUAUGACUCUGAGGCAAAACUGUUGUGAAAUGUUUGGAAUAUUAUUACUGUGAACACAUAGCCCAAAAAUGUAUUUCCAUCAUACUUUAAGUUUAUAAAAAUAGGUGUUCUUAAAUACUAAGAAAAGGCCAAAACUUUGUCUCUACUGACUGAUGUUCUGUGGGAUUUGAUGGUUGUAAAUGUUGUUCACAUAUCACAUUUAGAAAAUGUAUUGAUGGAUUGGUAUGGUGACAAUUUUAGUAUCUGUCAUUUAUUCACGAUGUAUGCAUGGGAUGUUACAUACAAAACCUCAUACCAGUAAACAUUACCGAAGACUUAACAGCUUUACAAACAAUAAUUGAUACAAAAGCAAAACUAUCUGUAUUAUUGCAUAUAUUGUAUCAUGGGCAUCAGAUUAUGAUAAUUAAUAUUUUUACAUGUUUUAUUUUCCUUUUGUAUAGUUGUUAGGUUGUAUUUUUUCAUUUAUUAGGUUUAAAUUGUGGUUUGUGCUGCCCUUUGAUACAUGUGUGUUUAAGGGCAAUUGAUUGAUGUAUUUUAGCAUAAGUAAAGGUUGUAUUGUCGUAAUUGCAAAUCUAAUUAGAUAUUGGGAUAAUUAACACAUGAAGAAAAUAUGGUUAGAAGAUUGUGGUGUAUUAGAGCCAAUAGUCAGUGCUCGGUUGGAUCAGACUGUCAUUGUUGACAGGUUUGUGGUAAAGGAAGCAGAGGUUUUUGCCUCUACAUGGUCGCUACGUUGGAGAAGGAAAAAUAUGUUUGAAAAAAAACAUUCUUCACACCAUCUGCGAGGAGACAUUAGAAGUGCACAACACACUGACUAUAACACCAGGCCAAGGGAGCUUCUCAAAGCGUUCAAGGCCUACUGCAGCCCGCAAAAGAACAUUGAUUUUGAGCGCCAUCAGUUAUGGUCUCACACAAUGUCUACAAGACUGUGAGCAAAGAAGUGGAUGUACAGAGGAUGACAUGAUAAGAGAUAAACUAGCGUUUAGCAUAAAUGACACGUUUGAAAGAAAAAAUGUGGUGAGAAAGUGAGCUCACUCUGCGCAAAGCCAUAGAAAUAUGUACAAACCCCGUUUCCAUAUGAGUUGGGAAAUUGUGUUGGAUGUAGAUAUAAACGGAAUACAAUGAUUUGCAAAUCAUUUUCAACCCAUAUUCAGUUGAAUAUGCUACAAAGACCACAUAUUUGAUGUUCAAACGGAUAAACAUUUUUUUAUUUGCAAAUAAUAAUUGACUUUAGAAUUUGAUGCCAGCAACACGUGACAAAGAAGUUGGGAAAGGUGGCAAUAAAUACUGGUAAAGUUGA